CAACCUGUUUUUCUCUGCGGAACCAUCGAGCAAUAGCUGCUCUGAACGGCGGAGUGGGAAGAGUGUGACACACUGACUAAACAGAAUGAAAAGAAGGUUCUUUGCCACUGGUGUGAGGGGGUAAACCAACAUGGCCACCCGCCGUGUUCCGCUAGUCUUGCUAGCCUGCGGCUCCUUUAAUCCCAUCACAAACCAGCACAUGAGGCUGUUUGAGCUGGCCAGAGACCACAUGCACAGCACAGGUCAGUACCAGGUGGUGGGUGGCAUCGUGUCUCCAGUGAGUGACGGCUAUGGGAAGCAAGGCCUGGUACUGGCAAAGCACCGAAUCGCCAUGGCAAAGUUGGCGCUCCAGAGCUCCAACUGGGUCACGGUUGAUGAAUGGGAGAGCCAGCAGCCAGACUGGACGGAGACUGUGGUCACCAUGAGGUAUCAUUAUGGGCGGAUUCUGGAGGAGUAUGAGCAGAGCACAGGAAUGCACGACGACUUCACUGGAACCACGACUCCCCUCUCAGGCCCCUGUCCCCAGUUGAAGCUCCUGUGUGGGGCCGAUUUCCUCGACACUUUCAAGAUCCCCGGCCUGUGGCGGGACGACCACGUGGAGGAGGUGGCCGGGCGCUUUGGCCUCGUCUGCGUCAGCCGAGGGGGGCUUCAGCCCGAGCGAGCCGUGCACGAGUCGGACACGCUCUCGCGGCAGCGUCAAAACAUUUUCCUGGUGAGGGAAUGGGUGAGGAACGAGACGAGCGCCACAGAGGUCCGCCGGGCUCUGAGAAGGGAUCGGAGUGUGAAAUACCUGAUCCCAGACUCUGUGAUCGAAUAUAUUCACCAGCACAACCUCUACACGGAGGACAGCGAGAGAAGAAAUAAAGGCACAGUGCUGAGGCCGCUCGCCAAACAGGCACAGCCAGUAAAGAGUCUGGAUGACGCACAAGUAGCCGUCCACAGUGGACCUCGUCAUCAUUCACUAGGAGUAGGGAAAGCAGCAGAGCAACAAACAGCCAACAUGCCAGCUGAUUUGAACGGCUAUUGGAAAAUGAUUUCCAAUGAUAACUUUGAGGAGUAUCUGAAGGCUCUUGAAGUAAACAUUGCCAUCAGGAAAAUCGCCACCUUGUUGAAGCCUGACAAGGACAUUGUCCACGAUGGGGACCACAUAAUCAUCAAAACCCUCAGCACCUUCAAAAACUACAACAUGGACUUCUAUGUGGGCAAAGAGUUUGAGGAGGAUCUGUCUGGAGUGGAUGACAGGAAAUGCAUGACCACCAUCAGCUGGGAGGGAGACAAGCUGGUGUGUGUGCAGAAGGGAGAGAUCGGAGGAAGAGGCUGGACCCACUGGGUGGACGGAGAUGAGCUUCAUCUGGAGCUGAGAGCUGCAGGAGCUGUUUUUCUCUGCCCUCGUGCCCUUGGUGCCUCGCACAUAAAGGCAGGAGGACACCCUGCACCUUCCCCCUCCGUACCCUGUCUAAAGUCUACACACACAACAGCGUCACCAGCUGCCAGCAUGCCUGCAGACUUCAGUGGGACAUGGAUUCUGGAAACCAAUGACAAAUUUGAGGAAUAUUUGAAAGCGUUGAAUAUUGAUUUUGCUACAAGGAAAAUUGCCAUCUCGCUGUCUCAGACCAAAGUGGUUGCCCAAGACGGAGAGAAGUUCAACUUCAAAACACUGAGCACCUUCAGGAAUUAUGAGCUCGCCUUCACUGUAGGGGUUGAGUUUGAUGAGUGCACUAAAGGACUGGACAACAGAAAUAUUAAGUGUCUGGUGACCUGGGAGGGGGACAAGCUGGUGUGCACUCAGAAAGGAGAGAAGGCCAACCGUGGCUGGAAACACUGGAUCGAAGGAAACAAACUCUUCCUGGAGCUGACGUGUGAAAAUGUAGUUUGUGUUCAGGUAUUCAAGAGAAAAGAAUAAAAGGCUGUUUUCUGUUUUCAUUAACUCAGUUAACAAUGUCUUUAUUUGUUCCUUGAGAAUAUGUUUUUCCAAAUGUAUGAACAAAACGAAUAAAGGUGCUUUUCCGACAUACA